GGCGAGGUUCGUUGAUAGAUGAAAUGGUAGCCGUAUCAUUCCAGAGAUGAUAGACAAAGAGAAUGAGAUGUGAUCCCUUUUUUUGGACUAACUAAACAAUAAUUACAAAAUUAAUCACGAGGUCCAUAAGAGACGUGCAACUGACGUCAUUCUGGCGCCAAUAUAUUGUCAGUAUAGUGUAGUAAUAUCGUGCUUAGCAGGAGCCAAAAUGGCAAACAUAGGGCUGGAGUUUCAUUACCUUCUGCACGGUUAAUGGCACAACGUUGUUCCUGGCUUGUUCAUGGUGUAUUUAGAUUUUCUGAAACUGAAAAAUAGUGUAUUGUAAAAAGACAUUCCUAGCUGGUGUGCUUGUUGCCAGCAAGUGAUGUGAAUAACGUGACACACACUUUACAAUAUGUAUGUGUGUGUGUGUGUGUGUGUGUAAUCAUACGGUUUUGUGAUAGAAUGAGCUAUCUUUAUGGAAAUAAAUCUAGUGGCAUAACAUUAAGAACCAGGGCCCAUAACUAUUGACAUCUGUGUAUCAUAGUUCAGUGUUAUUCAUUGGCCGGUCAGUUUUGGACUGGAUUAGCGUCACUUCAUCAGUCAGAACAGCGGUACGGCGUCUCUUCUGCGUGAAAUCGCUGGCAAGCUCCACCAACUAAUAAAACUCUUCUCCACAAUCCUUAAACUCAUACAGUUAUACAUGUCUAAAAUAUAUCGUUACUGUACACAUUUGUGAUGUAAUUCGUGUAGCAGGAAAUCCCUAUUUAAUGUUAUGUACCUAGUCAUUUUUUUUUUUUUUUGCAAUAAAAAAUGGUUAGAUUUUCAGUUUUCGCGCAGUUUAAUCGGUUGUGCGGUGACCAAAGGGUUAACUCCUCCUAAUUAGUUUGCAGAUUCAGCUGAGAGAUUUCCAUAGGCUUGUUAGUUCUUGGCAGAAGCUGCUGUUUUCUACAAAGCCGACACCAUUUAUAUUUUUCUCCGAUUGGAAUUCGUUUGAUACAGUUAUGUAUGAGUUCUUGCUGUUCCCUGUUUGCAGGUAGCUGAGGAGAGUGAGAGAGACCCUCGCCCUGCGCUCCACACCAGUCAGGGGAAGGAGUGGGAUCGUAUGGAAAAGGAGGUAGAGGAGAAUGGGGAGGAACGUGAUCCGUCCCUAAACACCAGUCAAGAGAAGGAGGAGGAGGAGGAGGAGGAGGACUGCCCUUCUGAUCAGGAGGUAGAGGUGAGAGAGGCAGAACCAGUGCCUGCCCUCAACACCAGCCAAGGAGAACUUUCAGAUGAGGAGAUCUCGACCAAUAAGGAGAAGCACUGGAGAUUGGGUUCGGAAGACCCUAAUGACACCUUGGUGUUUGAUUUUAGCGAGAUGGAGAGCGCCCUCUUGAUGUUGGAGUCGUGUACUGCAGGAAGGAAGCACAGUAUGGAAAUAGUGGAGAAGAACAUGCGUGAAGCGGAACCACCCAGUAUUGGCUAAAUUUCAAACAGUACAUUAUACAAGGUUUUGUGUUUUCUUUUGUUAGUAGUUAAAAUGUGAUAUGAAAUAUUAAAAUAAAUGUAAUCUAUAUUUGAACAAAAUAAAAAUUCUGAUUCAUUUCUUUAUUAAAUGCAAGUAUUUUCAUGGCUUUACCUUCACCACACUCUGCCAGUCUCUGUGGGUCAAUGGCAGCUCACCAGUGGUUUAGUCCAUUUCGAGCAACUAACUGAGAAAAUCCCAAAUAAAUGAUUUAAAUGAGUUCCAAUUGUAGCGUACCUAAGAAAAAAGUAAAAAAAAAAAAUUCCUUGUCAGAGCUGCUUCUAGUUUGUGAACAGUGCCUGUUAUCUGAAUGGAGCAAUACUACUGAAUUGUCUGUGUCUCAGGUUUGUUGCUGAAAAAUGUUGAGC